UGUAUACAAUGGAGAACAGAGCCAUAUUCCUUACGCCUGUUGCGUAAUCACCCUAUUUCCAUAAUAGCACGUUUAGUUCCAUUUUUCAUUUUUCCAUGGAAAAUAGCAACACACUAAUAAACCGUAUUGACAAUGAGGGCGUAACCGAUCAUAGAUCUAUGUAACUGAUACAACUCCUUUAUAUGAGUUUGGCCUCCCUGAUAUUUUUAUGAAUGACGUUUAAUCGAGGAGGUUGGUAAAAUCACCUUCGUUAGGAUAUAACUUGGUGUAAUACGCAUAUAUGCUUGUCUACAAUAAUCAUCGAGAGAAAAAUAUUGUGACAUGGAGAGUAUAUUUCAUGAAAAGCAAGAAGGAUAUUUAUGCGCGCAACAUUGUUUGAACGCUCUUCUACAAGGUGCUUAUUUUAACGCAGUAGAUCUUGCUAAUUUUGGUCAUCAAAUGGAUGAAGCAGAACGUAUUAGAAUGGCCGAGUCAGGUAUCGAUAGCGAGGAUUAUAAACUUUUCUUAGAGCAACCCUCAGAAAAUAUGGAUGACAGUGGAUACUUUUCCGUUCAAGUCAUUAGCAGUGCUUUAAAGGGGGUUUGGGGUUUGGAGUUGGUUCCAUACAACAGUACAGAAGCUGCUGCGUUGAUGGCUCAAAAUGAUCCUUCGCAAAUGAAAGCUUAUAUCUGCAAUUACAAAGGACAUUGGUUUACUAUACGAAAGAUUGGAACACAAUGGUUCAAUUUGAAUUCGAUGCUUAGUGGGCCACAGCUUAUAUCAGACACAUAUCUAGCGAUGUAUUUGGCUCAAUUGUUACAAGAAGGUUAUUCAAUUUUCAUUGUUAUUGGUACACUACCGCAAUGUCCUGCGGACGAAAUAUUAAUGAAGAAUCCAAUUAAGCCCGUACCAAGAACAAAGGAAUGUAUUAAAGAAGAGAAGCCUACAACUGCAGGAUAUCGCUUAGGUACCAAAGAAGAAGAUGAAGUUAUGAAGGCAGUUCGUGCUCUAGAAGAAAUUAAAGUUCCUUGGUCUUACACCAGUAAUAUACCUUCAAAAUUUGUAAAUUCAUCCUCGGACCAUAAAAAAAAUAAUUUGCCUGAAGAGGGGAUAUCGUCCGAUGAGAAACCCCGUGAACGAAUAAUUCCAAUAAGAAUAGAAGGGAAAGAUGACGAUCAAGAUGAUGAAAAUGAAGAAUUGCAAAGAGCAUUACGUUUAAGUUUACAAGAUAAUGAAGAUGAUAUAGAUAAGAAUCAAAAUUUAAGAUUGGAAUCUCAUACUGAUAACAAGGCAGAACCACCCUCGGCAGAAGUUGAUGAUGCGGAUCAAGAUGAUGAAUUAAGGAAAGCUCUACAAUUGAGUCUUGAAUGUGUUACGGCUCCACCAACACCAGAUUUAGAAGAUUUGCGUUGGCGUCGAUUAAAUCAUUUUGGUGUAUAUUCUAAAGCAUCAAAUAAUGAAGCAUCUCCAAAGUUGAAUUCUUAACAAUAAAUAUAUAAUAUUAUGAUGAUAUGGCUAUUAAAAAGAUUUAUCUUGUAAAUUACAAACUAAAUCAUUAGUGAAAAAGAGAGUGUCAUUUUAUGUACUAACAAUUAAAAAUCUAAUGGUUAUAUGAUGUAUAUCACGCGCGUGCGUGGAU